AUGAACAUAAUUCAUUCUCUUAAUCAUCUCAUCAUAUCAAGUUUUGAACUUUCAUCCAUUUUUUCUGAUACUUACUUGAUAUACAACAUGGAAGCAAUAUGGAAUUUAGAAGAUAAAUGGAAAAUAUCGACACGAGGAGCUAUCGCCUUACUGGUAAUUUGCACCUGUUCCUUAGUUAUUGGAACCUGCAUCAUUGCUGCUUUGAGGAGAAAUGCAAGAAGGAGAGCAGAGGAUCAAAAACCGCGUAUUGAUGAUUCAACCAACAUCGAUUGUUCAGAGCCACGAGCAGAGUUGGGUCCGGUGAAGGAGGUGCUAAAAAGAUCUGUGAGGUGGAGCCAAAAAGAGAAACGUCCUUCACCAUUGCUCGUUAGCGGAGAUCAACUAAUUGAAGCUGAUUUUGGAUGUCAAAAUCACGGUUCAGCUUCACCUGUGUGGAAAAGACCUAUACUUAUGGGUGAAAAGUGUGAGCUGCCAAAGUUCAGUGGUCUUAUACUCUAUGAUCAGAGAGGUCACGCCACUUCAUCAAGUCGAUAAAUGGAUUCAAAUACGAUCAGGUAAAACAUAAAUUGGUUACGAGGCAAAAACAUCAGAGAAACAACUACUAAUGAUUUUGAAGAAUUUAUAUUUCUCUUUAUAGUUCAGUUUUUACUAUACUCCGAAAGCAUACGUAUAAGUUCAGGAUGAUUACUUUCAAAAUAAUGGAUGCUGAAGAACACUGUAUUUAUUACCUAUCAGAUGAGAGGCAAAAACAAUCUUAGACACACAAAAACUCCCUACCUCAUUCAUCAGGUCAUUACCUAGGGGCAGAUCUACUGUAAAGCAGACUUAGAAGUUCACGUGACUCAAUAGAUUUUGUCCAGAUCUUUAUAUAUAUAUAUAUAUAUAUAUAUCAAAAACUCCACUAAAUAUCUAUAAUUAUUUAGUGGCCCUCAAUGUUGUUUCAACCCAGAAGAAUCUAUGCAGAAAACAGAUAUUCGACAUUCAACGACUAGGGAACUGCUAGCACCUUGAACUUGGAAUCCCCAUCAUUCUCCAGGCAAUCUAGUGAGAACUUACUCUCACCUAGGACAAAAUAAAGGGAGAUGUACAAAUGAAAAGGUAUACUUGUUAUUUAACAGUUUGAGAAAGAAUGAAAGAUGUAUGUUCACA